GUCAAAAAAAAGUCAAUUGAAAAGCAGUCUAACUGGGCUGAGUGAGCAAAUAGAACAUUACAGCUACAACAAUGGCUCAGUCUAUGAGAGGCUUAAACCCUCCCAAAACCCUUAAACCCAAUCUCCAACUCCAUAACCAUCGUCUUCCUCCAACCCAUUUCUUCACUCACCCCAAACCCAUUUCAAGGAACUUCCCAUCCAUCUCUCUCUCGGUUAUGGCCGUUCGAAAUCAACACCAACCCCCCUUGUCCCUUGAUACGCUGGUUAACAGUUCUCGCAGAGAAGAGCUUUCCGACGCCAUCAGAGCAUCCUUGCCGAACUGUUUAUCCGAAACCAAUUUGCAACUCACUGUUCCUGGCCUCAAAUCCAAAACCAGAGGAAAGGUUAGAGAUAUUUAUGACAGUGGUGAUUAUCUUGUUUUAGUCACUACUGAUCGGCAGAGCGCUUUUGACAGAAUUCUUGCUUCCAUACCAUUCAAAGGACAGGUUCUUAAUGAAACAAGUUUGUGGUGGUUUGACAAAACACGACAUAUUACACCCAACGCCGUUGUGUUAACCCCAGAUGAAAAUGUAACAAUUGCAAAGAAAUGUUCCGUUUUUCCCGUUGAGUUUGUGGUUAGAGGUUUUGUAACUGGAAGCACUGAGACAUCACUAUGGACAGUCUAUAACAAAGGAGUUCGAAAUUACUGUGGCAAUGCACUUUCUGAAGGAUUGGUAAAAAACCAAAAGCUUCCUCAAAAUAUCCUCACACCUACAACGAAGGCUGCAGAUCAUGAUGUUCCCGUGACUCCAGAUGAGAUUAUUAAGAGCGGACUGAUGAGUCGAGAUGAUUACGAGGAAGCAAGUAGGAAAGCACUGAGCUUGUUUGAAUAUGGACAACGCGUGGCUCAGGAGCAUGGCUUGAUAUUAGUUGACACCAAAUAUGAAUUUGGAAAGGGACGUGAUGGUUCCAUUCUUUUGAUCGAUGAGAUUCAUACACCCGAUUCAAGCAGAUAUUGGAUAGCACAUUCCUACGAGGAACGCUUUCAGAAUGGUCUAGAACCUGAAAAUGUUGAUAAGGAGUUCUUGAGGUUAUGGUUCAAAGAUCACUGUGAUCCAUACAAAGAUAAGGUCCUCCCCGAUGCUCCUGAAGAACUUGUUUGCGAACUAGCUUGGCGAUAUAUUUUCUUAUACGAGACGAUAACAAAGUCAGAAUUUAAAAUGCCAUCAACAGAGGAGCCAAUGCACGAUCGAAUAUCUCGAAAAGUUGCAGAGGCAUUGUCAUCUCUCAAGUAAUUUAAGCUCACGAAGAACCAGAAUCGCCUGACAAAAGAUGGGCAUUUGGCCAGCAAUGCAUCCGGUCUUCAUCUUUUCAUAGGAUUUUCCUGGGGAUCAACAUUUUUUAUUAGGCAGAAACCAAACCAAGUGGUACAGUGUUUUACCAUAACUAUUACAUGUCGAAACUUUCAACUUUCACUACAAUCAAAGGAAAAGAAUAAUCUCAAUAAAGUGGAACAAUUAGAUCU